AUGGAUAUCAAGUUGGAUUGUGCAGAAGGGUCCAUGGUUUUGAUUAAGCAAGGAGCUGAAGCUAGAGUGUUUGAGUCAACUUUUGUCGGUCGGAGGUGUGUCAUCAAGGAGCGUUUUUCGAAAAAGUACAGGCACCCAUCACUGGACUCGAAACUCACUCUCAAGCGUCUGAAUGCGGAAGCUAGGUGCAUGACAAAAGCUAGAAAGCUCGGGGUCUCGACUCCAGUGCUCUAUGCUGUGGACCCUUUGGUGCAUGCCUUGACGUUCGAGUUCGUCGAGGGUCCCGCUGUGAAAGAUGUUUUGCUCGAUUUCGGGUCAAGGGGCAUUGUGGAGGAGAGGUUAAACGAUAUUGCUACUCAGAUUGGUGAUGCUAUUGCCAAAAUGCACGAUGGUGGCCUAAUCCAUGGUGAUUUGACUACCUCGAAUAUGUUAAUCCGCAAUGGUACCAAUCAGCUCGUACUAAUUGAUUUUGGUCUGAGCUUCACGUCGACCCUUCCGGAAGAUAAAGCUGUCGAUCUAUAUGUUCUCGAACGAGCAUUGCUAUCUAUGCACUCUUCAUGUGGGAAUGUGAUGGACAAAAUUCUUAAAGCUUAUAGAAAAUCAUCAAAACAAUGGUCCUCAACCUUGAAUAAGCUAGCACAAGUUCGACAACGAGGAAGGAAGCGCACAAUGAUUGGUUAA